AUGGGCAUUGAACCUCCACUUAGCACAAUCGCUGCUGGAAACGAUGCUGCUGCAGCAUUGAAGCUUGCUGCCAGCCGCGGCUCUCCCGCACUGGCGGCUGCCAUCCAGGCAGGACAGUUCCCAAAGACUUCGGUCUAUGAGUUCGGCACAAACGAUGCGCUGCACGCAGCGCCGGCACCUGCCAAGCCUACACGGAUGUCGCUGAUGGCGGAGAAGCCACCGAAGCCACAGCCAAGGGAGGUGCCUCCAUCAGUCGUGGCUGCCGCUGCUGCCAUCGGCCGUGCUGUGGCUACGUUGCCGGGGGCAGGCACGCCGGUGCAUGGGCAAGCAACAGUUCCUGCGGCGACCCCUGCAGCAGCGGGCCGUGUGGCGACCAACGACAGUAUGUCAGAUGCCGGAAAUGGCAACAGUAUUUGGCUGACGGCGCCGGCGCCGGGGGUUUCCGCGGAAUCUCGUGUUGCUGUGCGGCUGCCGCAAAACGAGUUCACGUACAUUGACCGGCCGUGGUUGCACUUUGUCACUCGUUGGGCAGCUAUUGACACGGAGAUCUUUCGAUCCAUCGGUGAGGCACCCUUUUCCUUGAUCGACCUGGGUAGCUGCUGUGGCUUCUUCAGCUUGCAGGCAGCCGUGGCCUAUCCUCAGGCAUCCGUCUUCGGCGUGGAAGGGUCUGUUGGUAUCGGAAACGGCACGACUGGCUUAGAUGGUACGCAGGACCAAAUCAUUGCGACGAAGGCUGUUCAAACCCACCUCCGAUGGAUCAAUCGACUGAAAUUGCCAAACUGCUUCCUGGCGCCGGACGUCUGGGAUUUCAAGAAGGUUUCCGGCCUCGCAGCCGCUGGCAACCUUUGCGAUGUUCUCCUGCUGCUCUCUGUUGUCCAUCACGUCGACAAUGUUUCGACCGACCAGUACGCCGAGCAGGGCUGGAGCCGAGUAGAGGCCGGGGCCAAGCGCUGGCGUUGCUGCCGCCGCCGCCGUUCUUGGCUCGAGCUUCGCCUACAGACACCGGCACCAUGGGCCUGCCGGGUCGGGAUAUGUCGCGAUUCCUGUGGCCAGGCCGGGAGAAGCUGCGAUCCGAUCUGUGGCUUACGCGACCGUUCCCAGGAGCCGGGCUAG